AUGACUGCCUCCGAAAUGAAAACCAACCCUCCGUCGGCGCUCGGCGCAUCAACGCUUGCGAUUUCGAAACGCGUCGCACUCAACACUUUUAGCGGUGGUGUGACGAAACCUCUGCUUCUCGGACGGCCGAACCUGCGCCUCCAAUCUGCUUCGAAGCCCUCUUUGAAUCAGGUCAUCGCUGCCUCAGCUGAGAACUUUUUUCAAGCCAGAGACCGGUAG